AUGCCACCAAUUCAUCAACUCUCCUGCGCUUUCCUUGGAAGCCAAUCCACAGAAGAUGAUGCCGCAACCGCCAGAAAGCAGCCAAGCCGCUUGAAAGUGGUAAAUUACCAAUCAAAAAUACCGCGAAGACGAGUUCGUGUGCGGCUGAUUGUGCGGUGGAGAGCAAGAAGACGCUCUGGCGACAUCCCAUCUGGAGAGACGGGACAACGUGACGACGCGCAUCUACACUCGUCAAGCCUGCACCCACAGAGGAUCGACAGCUUUACUAGUAUCGCACUCGACAAUGCCGACCCUACUUCGAACCAUACAGAAAAGACAGACCUUCAUUUAGUGCAGGACCACCCCCAAGCACGGCCAAUACCGGAGGAUGGCAUUUACAGACAGUCUUCAGAAGACACUGCUCUCGAUGGACUCUCCCACCGAGUCCCCAUCAGCCGGGUAACCACCGAUACCGAUGGCAACACCUACCCUGAAGGCGGCCUCGAGGCUUGGCUGGUGGUCUUAGGGGCCUUUCUAGGACUUUUUGCUUCCCUUGGCCUAGUCAACACGAUUGGAUCAUUUCACGCGUACCUGGAGAACAACCAGCUAAAGGACUACAGCUCUGGAAGCGUAUCCUGGAUAUUUGGCAUUUAUGCGUUCCUGACAUUCUUCGGGGGUGUUCAAGUCGGCCCUAUAUUCGACGCAAAAGGUCCUCGGCUCUUAGUCCUUAUCGGGUCUGUCCUGGUCAUGAUAAUGGUCGUGACGAUGGGAUUCUGCACCCAGUACUGGCACUUUGUCCUUUCAAUCGGGGUUGCUGGAGGAAUAGGGACCUCCAUGAUUUUCACCCCAGCAGUAUCAUCAAUCGGUCACUAUUUCAACGAAAGGCGUGGAGUCGCAACUGGAUUAGCGGCUACAGGUGGCUCUGUUGGAGGUGUUGUAUUCCCUCUGAUCCUCGAAAGCCUCUUCCCCAAAAUCGGAUGGGGUUGGGCCACCAGGGUUAUUGCAUUGAUUUGUCUGGUCUUGUUGAUCGGUGCAUGCCUCCUGGUUAAUUCACGGCUACCGAAGAAACCAGCAUCCAAAGAGAAUGUCUUGCCUGAUUUUCGAAUUUUCCGAGACCUCAAACUUACUCUCACCACAGCCGGGAUAUUCUUCAUCGAGUGGGGGCUGUUUAUCCCAAUCAGCUAUAUUUCCUCCUAUGCUUUAGCACAUGGCACCGAGGACACUCUCUCAUAUCAAAUGCUAGCUUUCCUCAAUGUGGGUUCGGUUCUUGGAAGAGCGAUUCCUGGAUUUUUCGCGGAUCAUGUUGGCCGAUUCAACACCCUGAUAGUCACAGUUGCGCUUUGUCUCGUCUGCAACGCUUGUCUUUGGCUUCCUGCUGGUGACAACAUGCCCGUGUUAAUUGCAUAUUGCGUGAUCUUCGGUUUUGCAAGUGGCAGCAACAUUAGUCUCACCCCUGUCUGCAUCUCACAGCUAUGCAAGAUCGAGAAUUACGGAAGGUACUACGCCACUUCUUAUACGAUUGUCAGUUUUGGCACGUUGACUGGAAUGCCAAUCGCAGGAGAGAUCCUCGCGCGCUGCAAUGGAGACUACUGGGGCCUGAUAACCUAUACCGUCUGCUGCUAUGCUGCCGGCCUCAUCUGUGUGACAACCGCUAAAUUUGUUCACGUUGGCUGGCGUCAUCCAUGGGCAAUCUAUUAG